AUGGCAGCCACAAGCAGCGAGAUCGAAGAUUUUCUGAGUGGCCCACUAGUUUCAUGGCUAAAAUCAUGUCUUACAAAUCCAGAAAACAUUGCAGAGUAUGCUGCCUUAUUCAAUGGAGACUUGCUCCACCAAGUUUAUUUACAAAUAAACCCAGAACCAUCCUUCCACAUAACCAAGUUAGCAGGAUUAGAAGAUCAAGCAUUGAUAUUGGGCAGAGUGAAAAACUUUGAUGCUAUAGUAAAAAAUGUGAAAAAUUUGUAUGAUGAUGAAUUAGGCAUGACUCUUUUGGUUGUACCAGAAUGUAUUUGUUUGGGCAAGGCACCAGAGUCAAGAGAGGGCUUGGAAAAUAUGAAACUUUUGAUAUUGUUAUUACUAGGCGCAGCAGUCCAAUGUCCUAACAAAGAAUUCUUCAUCACAAGAAUUAAAGAGCUUGAUGUUGAUCUUCAGCACAAUAUUGUAGAAUGUAUUAAGCAGGUGACCGACAUGCAAACGGUUGUUUUAACUCCAGAUGCAAUUGAUCUCUUUCAAUCCCCAACUAUGUUUAACCAUAUGCGGCGGUUAGCUAAAGAGCGAGAUCAUUAUUUGCAAAAUUGGGCAUCACUGGUUCUCAAUGAAGGUCUUUGUGAAAAUGAAAAUGAUAACAAGAAUUGUAAAAGUAGGUCUACACAAAAUGUUAAUCAAACAAAUGGAGAUAGUCAGCAUUUAGCAGUGGAAUUAGCUGAUUGGAAGGCAAGAUUAAGAAAACAAAGGCAAGAAUUGGAAGAAAAAUCAGAACAAUUAUCAGAGUGCAGGGAAGAAUUGGAGCACACAAAACUAGUUCUUGUAAAAUUAAGGGCAGACAGUCAAGAGUGGUUCAAUGAAGCAAGAAAAUCAGCUGGCUAUAGGGAUGAAGUGGAUGCUUUAAGAGAAAAGGCAGAAAGAUGUGACAGACUUGAACAGGAAAUUCAAAGAUACAGGGAUAGAUUAGCUGAUGCUGAGUAUUACAAAACUCGGGUGACAGAGUUGCGGGAAGAUAACAAGGCUCUGAUGGAAACUAGAGAUGCAUUAGAGGAACAAUUACAAAGGGCAAGAAAAAGAGCAGAACAGUGUUUGACAUUAGAGGCAGCCAUGAUUAAACUAAAAAGAGAAGCAAAUGAUAUUGCUUUGGAAAGAGAUGCUGAUCAACAAAAAAUACAAGAAUUAAUAGAAGAGAACAAUCAUCUUCAAUAUAUUACAAGAUCUGUUUUAAAUGAGAGUAACAACAGUAAUUUGGAUACCGAUAAUGAAUGUGAAACCCUAGAAUCGGGAGAAAACAGUUUAUCAGAACAGUUAACCAGUAAUGCUCAAGCCCGAGCUCUAAAGCUAGAAUUGGAAAAUAAACGUCUUUUAUCUACAAUAGAUAAUUUAAGAGAACAAUCUAUAUUAGAAAGCAGUGAUAAAGUACUAGAUUUAGAGAAAGAAAAGAAAAGGCUUACAUUAAAAUGUGAGCAGUUGCAAGAAAACUGCAAUAGAUUGAAACAGCAAAAUACAGAGUUGGAGGAAGUAUUUAAAAAUGCUUUAGAGGAAAAUAGAAAGUUGCAAGAUUCCCUGGACAAACAGAAAUCGUUCAUUGAUAGACAAUCAAUUGACAGGGAAUCAGAAAAGAAUAAACUACAAGAAUUUGAAAAACAUUUGGAAUCCCUCACUAAGGAUAAACAAAGAAUACAGAUGUUAUGUGAUUCAAUACAACGAAGGGCUGAUGAUUUAGAGAAAACAUUAGACGCUAGGACGAAAGAACUAAACGUUCUUAAACCAGAGGCAGAUAAAGUGACAAAGCUUAUAAUACAAACUGAAGAACUAAAAACAAAACUCACGUACUGUGAAAAAGAAACUCAUAGUUUACAGAGGGAAGUCAAUAAAUUACGAGAAGCUGUGGAAGAAAAAGACGUAAAAUUGGACACAACUACAACUGACAUUGAAUUAAAGAAUAAAGAAAUUGAAAGGCUGACUCGACAGUUAGAGAAUAAUCACAAUAUUAGUAGUCGACUUCAAGAUUUGGAACAAAAAACACAAGAAUUAAAGUCCCAAAAGAAAGUCGACACAGAAACAAUACAGACAUUACAAAAAAACCUUAUAUCUGAAAAAGUUAAUUUUGAUAAGUUAAGAAACUGUAUGGAAAAGCUGGGCGUUAAUACAUCGGAAGUACUUGCUAAAGAGAUCAGUGUCGAAGAUUUAUUGGAAAAGAUAAUAUUGAAUACCGAUCAUGAGACAUUAAUAUCGGAAAUUGCAGCAAAAGCCAACUUAACCAAAUUAUUGCCUUGUGAAUGUGAUCAUAAAACUCAACAAGAAGAAUCUGCAAUAAACCCACAAAUAGAACAGCUUACAGCAGAUUUGUCUGCUUUACAAGCUUCAUUGGAAAAUAGUCAAGCCGAAAAUGCUAAGCUGCAAGUAAAUAUCGCAACACUGAAUUCACAAAAUGGGUCUUUGUUAUCACAACAGAUGACUUUACAAUUAGCAAAUAGUCAAUUAGCAGCUGAAAAAGAUGAAAUAUCUAAGCAGUUAGAAGUAAUUAAAGAUAAACAAGACAAUCUUUCAAGAGAUCAGGUAGCUUUACAGACAAUUCAUGAACAAUUGAGUAUGGAAUAUGAGCUGUUACUGAGUGAAAAAGAACCUGUAAAGGCUGCCAUUAAGGAUUUGAGAUUAGAAAAUCGGGAUCUGAAGGAAAAAUUAGUUGCUUAUGAAAAAAGGAUAUCAGAUUUUGAAUUAGAGAAAGAAAACUUCAAAAUAGAAUCAAGAAAUUUAACAAAUCUUAGGGCUGAACAUUCUAAACUUAAAGAAGAUUUUAGGAACUUAUUUUCAGCGAGUGAACGUAUGAAAAAUGAAUACAGACACAUGCAAGAAGAAUAUCGCAAUCUUCGAAGUGAAGUUUCCCAACUCAAGCUAAAAAAUACUGAAAUGUCAGGGGAAACAAAUACUAAAUCAGAAAUCAUAACAAGCAUGGAAAUGGAAAUAAGCAAAACUAAUCAGCACUGUGAAAUGCUAAUACAAAUGAACAAAAGCUUAGACGCUGAUAGACGAUCAUUAAUGGAUCAUGUUUCUCAGCUCUUAACUCAAUACCAUGAAUUACUUGCUCAUUCUUUAAAAGACAAACAACAUUACCAUGAGGAAGAGAAAAUGUUUGCUGACAAAGUCAAUGCAUUGUGUCGUCAAAAAGAGAAAUUAGAAGAAAAAAUUAUGGAACAUUAUAAAAAGCUUGAUAAUUGCACUCCGAAACGUCGGGGCUUCGGAGCAUCGUUUGUUAAAAAGGUUCGAAAGGCUGGUACCGACUUAAUUAACAAAGUACCAUCGAGAAACCAUAAGAGAAUCGACGAUGCGAAUCGGUCGAAAUCGCAACUAACUUUAGCGGGGUCGGAAUCCGGUGAAUCCGAUCCCGGCCAAGAAUUAGAAAAGAUGUCAAAAAAUUCCGACCCUGAUCAGGGAUCAUCUAACCCAAGUGUGGAAUCACCGCGGCAUAGCAUCGAUACAAGUUUUAAUAGACGUUUAGACGAUACAUUUUCAAAAAAGUCUGAAAGCUUGGAUAUGUCGGGAUCAUUUCAUAGUUUAGAGCCCUCUAGAUUGACGAAUGAAAACAAUUUUGUUAGAAGGCUUUCUGCCGCGUCUAUUCACAGCGGCGGGGGCGAUGACGCACUGAUACGAGCUUCUUUACGACGACGACCUCACAAGAUAAAUUCAUCUCAUCGCAAUAGCUUUCAAGGUUUGGAUGGUGACACAGGUCUUCCUGCAGCCUCCACACCUUCUCCAGUUUUCGGUGCCGCGGGUACUCGGCGAACAGUUUACUUAGCUGACGAAAACCCAGAUGUCACUUUAAACUCUAAACCUCAAAGUACACCAAUAAAAGAAAAUCCCACAUACCUUGUUUACAACAGAAUAUCGACAGUUAUUGGUGAUGGGGCUUGCCAGAGUAAUCAUGAUAGAUCGACCGAUCAAUCAUUGAAUGACCAAUCUCGCGCUGAUGAAGCCCACGACGAUGUGAGAUAUCAAGAUCGAAGAAAUACGAGCCGUAAUGAGAAACAAGAAAACUCCAAGGAAACUGCCAUUUGGUACGAAUAUGGUUGCGUUUAA